ACCUUUGAAAAUAUGAGAUCAAUAUUUAUCAUUUGUUGAAAAUUUAGUGCUGUUUUUUUUUACAUAUAUGUCCGUGUUGAAAGUAUUAGAUUCAGUUGAAUUCGUUACACAAAGAUUGCAUCCGCCUCUGGUUCUUGAUUUAUUUUUCUUUUUCUCUCCUCCUUCUUUGCAGUUGUGUUGCAUGGUGAUGAGGAUUAACAUAGACUGCAAAGGAUGUUACAUGAAAGUAAGUCGGGCACUUCUCACGAUACCAGAGCUGGAGACAAGAUUCAUAGAGAAAAAUCACAGCAGAGUAAUUGUUUGUGGGAAUUUCAUACCACAAGAUGUGGCAAUAAAAAUAAGAAAGAAGACAAAUAGGAGAGUUGAAAUAUUGGAGAUACAAGAUUUAAGUGGCAAUGAUGAACCAAAGCAAGAGGAAAUGCCCUUAAUAACUUCUUCUGACAACCAAGUUGAGACAGAAACAUAUGUAACAUCACAAAAUCCACAACCACACAUGUACUUUCAAGUUUACCGCUAAUCAAAAACAUAAUUGCAUCUUUGUAAUAAUAACUUUUUCAUCUUCUUAGAAUUAAUUUCUAGUGCCCAGUGGGUUUAGAUCAUUCCAUUUUGUAUAAUUAUUGAUUUACUGUGGAUGGAAACUUUGACAGUGUAAUUGUUUGUUUUUUUUUGGAUAUUCUAGUGCAUUUUAACUUGUUA